CCUGCGUGGAGCGUCUUUAAGUAUUAGAAAAAUCCUAUCUUAAACGUGGGACGUUCAUUCAAUAUAUUUUGAACUUUGUUCCGGGAGAGAUUGUCAAUAAAGUUAGAGUUGAAAGCCGAAGCAGUAGCUCGACCUAUCUCAGACAACAGGGCCUGCCUCCUCCUAGUCGCUCGACCAAUCGCAACAGUCUCACUCGCUCCUAAGGCACGCCUCUCAACUCCUUUCGGUCUUGCUCGGUCUCCUAAGGCACGUCCCUCUGUCCCAAUCCGGUGGCUGCAUGCGAGCCACCGCCUCCUCCACUCACCUACCAAAGUAACCGCCUCGGAAGAUGGCGCAUGUGCGGAAGGUGGUCUGGCGGUUGUCAGCUGCGGCUGGGGCUGCAGGGGCUUUCUACCGACUCCAAACUUUCACUUCAACAGUAAGAACUUUGUCUCAAAAUGUUCCAGAAACCUUGUGGAAUCUAGGUCGAUUAAAUCAUGUAGCAAUUGCAGUACCUGACUUGACUCUCGCCAGGUCUUUUUAUAAAAAUAUUCUAGGGGCCCAGGUAAGUGAAGUGGUCCCUGUUCCUGAACAUGGUGUCUCUGUUGUUUUUGUGGAACUUGGAAAUACCAAGCUUGAAUUACUACAUCCACUGGGAAACCUAAGUCCAAUUGAAAGUUUUCUGAAGAAAAAUAAGACUGGAGGAAUGCAUCAUAUCUGCAUUGAGGUGGAUGAUAUAGAAGCAGCUGUGACAGAUUUAAAAGAAAAGAAGAUCCGUAUUCUGAGUGAAGAGGCCAAAAUAGGCGCACAUGGCAAACCAGUCAUUUUUCUUCAUCCUAAAGACUGUGGUGGAGUCCUUGUAGAACUCGAACAAGCUUGAUCAAAGUUGUAAAAAAUUUAUAAUGAGAGAAUCAUAUAUAAAAUAUUACUUUGAAUAUGAUCUUUGUUCAAAUCCUGAGUUAUGCCUUGACUUAGAAGUUCAAAUAUCAAACUGACUGAAGAGUAAAUGGAUAAGAUAAGAAAAAAAGUUAUUUAUUUUUACUUUUCCCUGAUCUUUGGAGAAACAUUGAUUAUUCACACCUUUAAUAAACUGUAAAAAUCAUGUUUAUGGAAAUAAAAUUAUCCAUAUCUUUAAAA